AUGGCCACCGGCACUGAUGUUCGUGGGGAAGGGGCACCGCGGUCGUCCAUCGAAAAACCUCCCAUCCUCGCUGCAGAUCCCGCUUUCGAUCGCCUGCCCGACGAGAUAAUCGAGCAGAUCCUACAGCUCACUGACCCCGAUUCCUUCGCCUCACUCGUUCUACUCAACUCAAAAUGGCGUCAAGUUUCUCAGCAGGCGCAACUAUACGCCCUCCACCUCUCCAAAUGCGAAUCAUACUCCGCGAGCCAUCCUCCGUUCCGUGAAGCCGACGUCAAAGAUGAAGACCUACCACGCCUUAGGCGACUGUUUGCUAGAGAAGUCAAGCGUAACCUCUUCGAGGCAUAUCUGCGGCCGCGUGAGACCGUCGUCAGGCUCAUCUCCAACUCCAUCAGCUCCUCAUCAUGUCCGGGCGGCGAAGGAAUGCAGUUCAGCCCGUCACCCCGCGGCCACCACGUUUUGGCAUACAACUCGUCUCGAAUCUACGUGCUUGACAUGAGAGGGAAAGAUAUCGACGUCAAGAGGGAAUUCAAGAUUCUGCGCCGCCCCGUUUCAACCUGUAUCAAGGAUGACGGAUCCAUGCUGGCGGUCCUAUCUUCUGAGAUGCAGGUUGAUCUUUACGAUCUUAAACAGUCACCACCACGCCGCACCCAGUCUCUCAUCUUGGAUCACGCCCCGCGCACCAUCGCUCUCUCGCCAUGCGGUUCCGUCUUGGCCGCUGCUUAUGAGGGCGGCAUUGAAGUAUCGCUGGUCAACCCAGGCGCGCUACCCACGGACAGGAGAGCUGUCAAGUGCGAUGCGGUUGAUUCUCUGUCUUUCUCAUUCGACGGCACACAGAUUCUUGGAACUACUGUUCAUUCUUCGCCACCAAACACAGUCAUCUUGACCGCCCCUUACUACGAUCCCGGAAAUCAAAUGGCAGACGAUAGCAUCAGUGCUCUGUGGACGACGUCCAUCCUGUUCCCCAACACGAGCCGGGAUUGCAGUCAUGCUGUGUUACUCCAGGACUCGAGCCAAGAGGAGGCGAGCUGGACGUUCACCUACGACCGCAGCUUUGAAACUUUUAGAGCCGUGCGUAUUGAUGAUCUGCGCAACGGAACAACAUAUUUCACAGGACCAAAACCCCACCCGGCUUCUCAGGCAAAGCUCACACCCUGCACUCUACCUGCGGCAACCUUUCACGGCGAUCUUGUGAGCGCUGGUUUCCAAGGAAAAGAUAUUUGGUUAUAUGGUGUACCGGAAGACCUCGACGCUGUACCUGAAUUCACGACUGGGCCUGAAGGGCUGUCAACGACUGGUCCGGGACGACGCAACAGUGGCCCUCCAUCUCGAUCGUCGUCUUCCCGAGCGCAAGACAACCCAAGGGUACCACAAUGGCAGAUUCUGUGCGAUAAGCUUCGGAACACUUUCGUAUGGGGUGCUAAGAUUGCCGAGCUCGAUGGCGUCAGCACUGUGAAAUGGGUAGCCGGAUUCGGUCAAACAUCAUUGCAGGAGCGCCUAGUUAUUGCAGCUCGUGGCAUCUCACCCACUAAAUCGAUCGUGGAUGAGGAUGACAUUGACUUUAUUGAUGGCGGCAGGAUGAUUCUGCUCGAUUUUGACUACGGCCUCGAGGACGGCAUCAGAAAUGAGAUUGAAAUCGAAGUAGGCACCAGAAAACCUGAAGUCCUCGAAGAGGAGCAGAGAGAUAUCGAUACCGAGGUAGCCAUUGUGCGUCGAAGAACUGUUGCCCAGAAGCGCGGUGACCGCAGCCACUUGAUGCGCACAGCUACAAGCGCGGCCAUGCGGAGCAAUCCGAUGCCUCCGAUGCCCCCGAUGCCCCCGAUGCCUCAAAUGCCUGCAAUGCCCCCGGUACCGACCACAUCCCAACCAAGAGAGGAGCCCGAAACCAGUAACGACGAUGACGAUCCUCUCGUUCCCAGGCGUGUUGGUGCGCCGCCCCGGAUUGCUUUUCAGCAAACAGCGUCUAGUUCCGCCGCCGAAGAAGGAGAGACGGCUUCGAUGAUUGAGGAAGAGGAAGCUGUUGAAGCUCCUUAUUCCCAUGACGGACCACGCUCCACCAAUACCUUGCGUCGGGCCGCAACUGCAGCUGCAAUUAACCGGCGCCGUAACCCUCAACCUCCUGUUGCUGGACCGGUUGAGUACAGGCGCGCCGACGGACGACGUGAGCACCCCCAUGAGAGUGACGCGGACAAUUGGGUUCCACCACCACCGCCAUAUCAAAAGGACGACCCUGGUGACUUGCCUUCAUUCCUUCGAAACGCCGCGAUUACGCCCAAUGGCGUUCAAAUUCCCACGCAGCCGGCUAGAACUCAAACAGCUGCGCCUGCUGUUGGCUCAUCGGGCUUUCCCUUGCCAGCACGGCCAAACCUCGCCCCGAUAUCACCCCGCCCUUUGAGCUACCAGGAACCCGCCAGUGUCAGCCCUGCUCACACGAGUAAUCAUUUGCGGGUUGCCAGUGACACCACACAUUUGAGCAGACCUCGCACUGCGGACUCGGAUCGACCGAUGUCUAUCCCUGUUUCUCAAGUCGAUAAUGAUGACAUCUACGAUGUUUCACCGCCAGACUCCCCUCGGACGACAGCGAGAAGACAGAUUGUGGCAGAGUCUACCACGGCCAACGAGUCGUCAAUUGUUCAGCCGUUGAGCCGCAACGGACGAGUGAAUUCUGACCUGGUGUCUCCGCAAACCACAGUAGCCUCUCCCGUUUCUCUACGGUCUCAACUUCCCAAUCUAGGCUUGGAGAUACCUUCGGCAACACUUGGGAUAUACCCUGAGUCGAUUAAUUCUCGGCCAAAUGCAGAUGGCGAUGCACCGUUGGUUAGGCGUUUGUCUAACGCUCAAACAUGGCCAAGGUCUGCCCAGCCGCUCGACGUCCCUGAGGCUGGUACUCAGGUCAACCUAUCUGGCAGCUACCCCUACUCCGCCCCCCCUAUUGAUGUGACUGCCGACGUAAUGAUGGCCGCUGCAAUGCCACCUCAGCCCAGGCCUGACCAGGUGGUCAGUUUACAAAGCCACGAGCAGCAGCUAAGUUCUCAGCAAUUCUCUGGAAACUUCAGUUCAGUUCAACGCGUACCUGUCGGCAGUCGCAGACCUGGAUCGCGCAAGGCGUCUUUACCACAACCUGAACAGCAGCCUAGCGACCAUCAAUCGCCAGGGCCGAGCAUGAGCAACAGCUCGCCUGUCGAGGACCAACCGCUCAUUAUCAGCACACCCGGCGGCGUGGUGGGUGCAUACGAUCUGCCCACACGCCAGCAGUCGAGUCGUAGAGCCGAGACGCCGCUCUUGGCUCCUAUUCCACGCCACCCACGUCCAGCGCAACUGGGUCCCUUGCGGCCUACCGUGGAGCGUCUUGAGACGAUAUACAGCGUCAACACGGCCAAUGCUCCAGCCCAGCCACCUAACGAGGCCUCUGGUAGUAGGAACUUGAUCCCGGCGUGGCUUCAGGCCCCGUCAACGUCACCCGCAGGUCGGCAGUCGCACUCAUCUGUGAAUCGGAGGCCCAGUCGUGCCGAACGGAGUGCAGCCAAGAACAUCAAGGAUGCGAAGAGACGAGGGUGGAACGGGUCCAAGAAGAAGAAGAAGAACAAGAAGAAGGUCGACCCUGAAAUCGCUAGCACUGCCGCAUGGACCGACGUUUCUGGCGUGAGCAGGAGCGAACAUCACAGUAAGGGGGAUAAGGAGAAGAAGUGUGUUGUCAUGUAA